CGACACCAUAAAAGGAUUACACACUUUAUGUAGCCGCUGUCUGCUUUGUCAUAUUUCCGCUCAAAUAUCAUGUUGGAGAUGCUUGAGUACAGUCACUAUCAGGUGCCGUCCCACCUGGAAAAUCCCAGCAAGUACCACAUCCAGCAGAACCAAAGGCAGCAGAUGAGACAGUAUCUGUCCACCACCCUGGGCGGCCAGGGUAAAGCUGGCACCCAGUGCCCCAGUCAGCCGCCCGAACACGGCAUGCCAGCCGGGCCCGGCAGCAGCGCCCCCAACAGUCCCAUGGCUCAUCUGACCCUCACCUCUAACUGUGAGAAAGAGGUACGCGUAACAAAGAUGGAUGAUGUUAUUGAUGAUAUCAUUAGCUUGGAGUCCAGUUACAAUGAAGAUGUUCUUGGACUUAUGGAUCAAGGACUGCAAAUUAACAAUACACUUCCCGUGUCCGGUAACCUUCUGGAUGUUUACGGCAACCAAGGACUUCCACUUCCGGGCUUGGCCAUCAGCAACUCCUGUCCACCCAACAUUAAAAGGGAAUACACAGCUCCCGGCAUGAAGCAAGUACUGGGCAAACCUGGACCCUGUGGCCCGUAUGAAACCUAUCAAAGGUCCGAUGGCUUCCCAGUAGAAGCUGAAGUUCGUGCGCUCGCAAAAGAACGCCAGAAGAAAGACAAUCACAACCUAAUUGAACGAAGACGACGAUUCAACAUCAACGAUCGCAUAAAAGAGCUGGGAACCUUGAUCCCAAAGUCGAAUGAUCCAGACAUGCGCUGGAAUAAGGGCACCAUUCUGAAAGCCUCGGUGGACUACAUCAGGAAACUCCAAAGGGAGCAGCAGAGGACCAAAGAACUCGAGUGCAGGCAGAGAAAGCUGGAGCAUGCCAACCGUCACCUGUUGCUUCGUAUCCAGGAGCUGGAGAUCCAGGCUCGCGCUCACGGCCUCACAGAGAUGUCCGUCCCGUCGAUGUGCACGUCGGAGCUGAUGGGCCGCGUCAUUAAACAGGAGCCCAUGCUCGACGACUGCAACACGGAGCUCUACCAUCACACCUCGGCUCCCGACAUGUCCCCUCCCACCACGCUGGACCUCAACAACGGCACCAUUAGCUUUGACUCGCUUCCCACAGACGCCGGGGACCCGGGGCCGUACGGGAACCCCAGGACCUGUAAAAUGAAAGAACUGGUAAUGGACAACACACUGGCACCCAUUUCCCCGAGCGACCCCUUACUGUCGUCGAUGUCGCCCGACGGCUCGGUUAGCGUCCACCACAGCUCCGCCUCCAUCUCAAGCGGGGAGGAGAAGGAGCGCGCCGGUUAGUUGCUAUAGUGCCUUGCUCACCGAUACUUUGUAGCACCUCAGCGAUGAGACACACCUUCUCCUGGUGUGUUUACUGACAGGUAGGUUACGCUAGUCAGCACGGCUGGUACAUAAAAAACACAAAGAGGUCCGGGUUGGGACUGAGUUUAAACCUCAGCUCAGGCCUUCCAGUGGAGAGUUUGCACCUUGUCCAAGUCCUUGGGUGAGUUCUUUGUUGCUUUUCCUCACAACUGUUAGGAAUGGAAUAUUUUCCUUUCUGUUCUGCGUUCUGCAAGAUAUACAGAAUGUGCUUAUCUACAACAGACAAAUGACCCCAAGACCUUUUGGUUCACUUGGAACAAAACAAAACACACCCCGGUUCUUUAGAAUGAAGCCUUCACACACAAGUAGUUUCAUUAGUCGCUCGGCUAAGGAUUGGUUGAAACCAGAACAGACCGACACGCCAACAACCAGUUAAUGUAACGUUCCUGAUCAUUGGGAUGGUCUUCCCAGCAGGUUUGUGAGGAGAAGUUCACUUUCACUUUACGUGGAUCUCGCUCGACUUUGGCUGGUGGGGCCGAGCGUUCUCUAAAACUGCUUGUUUCGACUCCUUUUAAUAUGAAAUUGUAAACAUGACCCCAUGUACAAGUACAUGUGCUUCA